GCCUAACCUGACGCGCGGCGCGCACGUGCAGAGUGAAAUUGCCCAAGACGUUCCUGGCGGUCAACCUCUCGGACGCGUUCACGUUCCAAGAGCGGCAGCAUCAGAGCGAGAACGAGGGGAAUGAGGGGGACGAGGUGGAGCAAAACGAGGAGGAGCAGAACGAGGAGAACGAGGGGCUCGAAAUGAAGCCGGCUGAGCAUGGAGGACAGACGCCGGCUGUGUCCGGAGUUGCGCAGGGCGUUGAGCCGGUCGGCACGACCACCAUCAAGGGGGAGGAUGUUGCCGGAGGAGGUUCGGCUGCCGACACGCCCACUACCACCACUACCACAGACUCGGCGGUCGAUACGACCACGGCUGCUGUGAUUGCCGAUAUCAUCACGACGUCUAAUGCAGCUGCUACGAAUAUGCCAGAUCCGUCGUCCAAGCCAGAGGGAGAAGGCAAAGGCGAAGACGAAAGCAAAGGCGGAGAUCAUGGUGGCGACGAAAAUUCGGCGCAUCAGGCUUGAUUUGCGUCUCUCAGAUGAAAGGACCACGGCCUCGGAUCCUAACGCCGACCGGUAUGGUCGUGGCCGGUCGCAUUAGUGGAGGAUGGCGAAGGGUGUGCCACUCCGAGAUGGCAACAGGGCCCAUCAUUUUGAGGGAGGUUCAUAGGACCUCCUUGUUCUCAGCCGCCAGGGUCGACGUCGGGUGGUCCUGAUGAAGCAGAUCCCCUGUCGCCUACCAGGAG